UGUCGCGGAGGAGGAGGCGGCGGCGGGCGGCCGGUGGGGAUGCGCUCGGAAGAGGGGGCAGGAGGCCCGGGCGCUGCCCUGUCUGCGCGGGGCCCCAGCUGGAGGGAGAAACUGUCGGCCCCGGAGGCCCAAUUCCGCCGCGAGUCGCCUCGGAGGGAGUCCGCGCUGGCCCCGGCCCCGUCCUUCAGUGAGAGCGGGGCGGGCAAGCCUCGCGAGGAAAAGAGGACGGCGCUGAGCAAGGUGGUCCUCCGGCGUCUGCCCCCUGGCCUCACCAAAGAGCAGCUGGAGGAGCAACUGCGCCCCCUGCCUGCGCACGACUACUUCGAGGUGGUAGCUGCGGACCUCAGUCUCUAUCCUCAUCUCUACUCACGAGCGUACAUUAACUUCCGGAACCCUGAUGACAUCCUUCUGUUCAGAGAUCGCUUUGAUGGAUAUAUCUUCAUUGGCAAUAAAGGCCUGGAGUAUCCCGCAGUGGUGGAGUUUGCUCCGUUCCAGAAGAUUGCCAAGAAGAAGCUGAAGAAAAAGGAUACCAAGACUGGAAGCAUUGAAGAUGACCCAGAAUAUAAACAGUUUCUGGAGACAUACAGCUUGGAGGAAGAAAAAGCCGGUGCCAGUCCUGAGACACUUCUGGGAGAGAUAGAAGUGAAGACGAGAGAGCUCCUGGCCAGAAGAACCACACCUCUUUUGGAAUAUAUUAAAACUAGAAAACUAGAAAAGCAGAGAAUUCGAGAAGAAAAACGCGAAGAGCGGAGGAGGAGGGAGCUGGAAAAGAAGCGUUUCCGGGAAGAAGAGAAAAGGAAAAGGAGGGAAGAGGAGAAGUGGAGAAGGAAGGAGGCGGAUAAGCAGAAGAGAGCUGAGAAGGAGGUGAAGAUUAAGCUUCUCAAGAAACUGGAAACAGGGGAAGAAGCAGCCACAGAGAAGCACAAAGAAAGAGGUGACGAAAAGCAGGAAGCCCGGCCAGUGGAAAGCCUGCCAGAGAUGCCUGGGGAGAGGUUUUGACAGCUGUCUAACAUCACAAGAAUGAAGAAGAGACUCUCUCCGUGUGAUUAUGUGGCCACCCAGGCAUUUGAAGCAAGAAGUCCGAUUUUCCCUGUCACGGGUUCAAAGAAUAAUCAAAACUUUUUUUUUUUAUAAAAUUCUCUGUGUAUUUUCCUUAAAUAUCAGAGGCAGACAGAUAAUAGAUUGUGACCAGCCAGGACUCUCACCUGCUCCUUAACAAAAGGAAUGACUCAAAACUCAGGAUUUUAAAAGCUGUGUACCUCUGUGUGCUCACAAAGGUAUUCUUUGUUUUUAUUUUGUUGUUCUUGUUUUUCGAGACAGAGUUUCUCUGUGUAACAGCCCUGGCUGUCCUGGAACUAGUUCUUGUAGACCAGGCUGGUCUCAAACUCACAGAGAUCCGCCUGCCUCUGCCUCCUGAGUGCUGGGAUUAAAGGUGUGUGCCACCACC